ACGCCGUGUGUAGCAACUUAGCAGGCAAGCAAUACAGUCUGCCUUUUCUUCGGCUCAGACGCUCAGUGUCGUUGCGAUUUAGUAGCGAGUUAUAUUGUGUCUCGAGCAGUCGGCUACUAAAUAAGUUUACAUUUAAAUUUACAAUAUUAUAUAUAAAAAAUGGCAGAGAAAGUAUUAAAAAACAGAGUUUGUAUUAUCGGUUCUGGUAACUGGGGAUCUGCAAUUGCGAAAAUUGUCGGUCGCAAUGCAGCACGACUACCGAAUUUCGAAGAUAAAGUUACUAUGUGGGUUUAUGAGGAGAUGAUUGAAGGCAAAAAGUUGACAGAGAUCAUUAAUGAAACCCACGAAAAUGUGAAAUAUUUACCAGGCCACAAACUCCCACCAAAUGUGGUUGCCAUCCCCGAUGUGGUCGACGCAGCUAAGGACGCCGAUCUCCUAAUCUUCGUCGUACCCCAUCAGUUUGUCAGAACUAUUUGCUCCACGCUCUUAGGAAAGAUAAAGCCGACGGCUGCUGCGCUCUCCUUGAUAAAGGGCUUCGACAUUGCCGAGGGCGGUGGUAUUGACUUAAUAUCGCACAUCAUUACCAGGUGUCUGAAAAUCCCUUGCGCUGUGUUGAUGGGUGCCAAUAUUGCUUCUGAGGUGGCUGACGAGAAGUUCUGUGAGACGACAAUCGGAUGCCGGGACGUGAUGCUGGCGCCGACGAUGCGUGAUAUCAUCCAGACCGAGUAUUUCAGGGUGGUUGUCGUCGAUGAUGAAGAUGCUGUUGAGAUCUGUGGUGCUCUUAAAAACAUUGUUGCGGUCGGGGCCGGUUUUGUGGACGGCCUUGGUUUUGGGGACAACACUAAGGCGGCGGUCAUCCGUCUCGGUCUCAUGGAGAUGAUCAAAUUCGUCGAUGUGUUCUACCCUGGAAGCAAGCUCAGCACCUUCUUCGAAUCUUGUGGCGUCGCCGAUCUUAUCACUACCUGUUAUGGUGGCAGGAAUAGGCGAGUGGCGGAAGCCUUCGUGAAGACCGGAAGGUCCAUUAAGGAGCUCGAGGAUGAGAUGCUUAACGGACAGAAGCUUCAGGGACCCAUCACUGCUGAGGAAGUCAACCAUAUGUUGGCCAACAAAAAUAUGGAGAACAAGUUCCCUCUAUUCACCGCCGUGUUCAAAAUUUGCCGAGGCGAGCUGAAGCCCAGCGACUUCAUUAACUGCAUCCGCAGCCACCCAGAGCACAUGACACAGCCGACGCCCAAAUGUUCACUGUGAUUGAAGUGAAGCGCCUUCAGUAUAACACCAAUCGAAACUGUUGCAUUUCGUCCGACACGCCGGCUUUACUUCACAAACAUAACAAUUUUUCCAAUUAGAAAUACGAGAUAACAUAUCAAGAUGUAUAAAAUCCAAGUACAGUAAACAAUUCUUUAAAAAAAAUACAUUUAAAAAGCAGAAAAUGAAUGGAGGUGUUACUAGUGACCAGUGACGUCAUUAUCUUCGUUUUCGUAUUCAUUGCUUCUAAUGUUAUCUUAAUUAACUGCAGUGUAUCUAAUUGGAAAAAUGUAAUUUAACAUCAUUACUGCAUGAAUAUCAUUGUUUUAUGCGUAACGAAUGUUAUACUUUUUGUUUAGUAAUUAGUUGUGUACUUGUGAUCAUGUCACGAACGACUGUAUGCACUACAGUGUAUUUUUAAUUAAGAGAGAAUGUGAGUUUUUUUACAAUUUCGAUUUAACUGGUUGCCAAAUUCGAAUGGUACCAGUCUUAGAGUAUACCAAUGCUGAUAAAAGUGUGCCUCAUUGCUUUGAUUUGGGGGUCUCCCACCAUCUCGUAAGUCUUUUUUAUGGAUGGGAAAUCAACGAGAUUUCCUUUGCAGUAAAAGCAAGAUGGCCGCUCAUUUUGAUUUGGUGGCAGACCCCAAGUUUGCACGCUCACUGCAGAUUGCCAGGCUUAGGGAUACUUAUUGAAAAAAUAAAUUAAAACCCAUUAGUGUAACAAAAAAGAAAUAAAUACAAAUAAAGUGGUAUAAAUGGUAUUCUGAAAUAAAAAAAAAAUCAUUAAGGCUUUUACAGUAAAAAGUAUAAGCAUUUUUAAGUGAUGACUGUUUUGUGGCAUUUAAUUCAUUGUGAAUGUUUUUUUUAAGUAAAUUAAUCACUUAAAUUCGGAGCCAUUGCAUCUAGUCUAAACUCACAGUUUAAUGUUUUUAUUAUUCCGUACCUACUUGGAAUGUGUCAAAAUCAUCUUUUUAAUACUACUUUAGGAGUUAAGAGUACAUUGUACAUAUCUACGUAACGAACGUUUUGUUGUAGCGUUUUAAACAAGCCAUCACAAUCUCGUCAUUGUAUGCGACUGACAAGGUUCAUUAGAACUAUUCAGAAAAACAGAAGCCUUAUACACAGGGUCGAAAUUUUAAACAACUAUUUGGAAACACUGUUUUUUUUCGGCAUGUCUUUUAUUGUUUAAAGAUUCUGACCUUGUAUUGUGUCAUCUGGUUUCUAGGCAAACAAAAUCAUUGUAUGUUUUCAGGAUACGCAUAGUUAGAAAAGCCCAAAAAUCCCAUUGCUGUAUAUCAUAAUAAUACAAAAAGGUAAGACAUAGGCUUCUGUUUUUUAUGAUGUCUGUAGUAUCAUCUCUAUGUACAUAACUAAA